GUGCCAUAUGUUGUGUCGUCCACGGCCAGGAGCGUCUCGGUGCUCACUUUUCCUUUUUCCCUAUCUAUCUACCAUGAAGAUUGCGUCCCUCUUCGCACUCUCGAGUAGCUUGGCCAACCUCGCGUCGGCCGCCAUCUGCGCCGGCGUCGCGCCCUACUCGUACCAAGUCGCGGUGCAAACCGACGCCAAGUUUGCUCCGGCCAUCAACGAGCUCAAGAAGUACCCGGUCGCCACGUGGUAUACGGACCGCGGCGGCGACUCGAUCGACGCGCUCAUUGCCGCUUGCCCAACGGACACGCCCGUCAUCAUCGUCUAUGGUCUGCCUGGGAAGGACUGCGAUGCGGGCUACUCGGGCGGUGGCAGCAACACCAACACCGACCAGUACAAGGCGUGGCUCGAGAAGCUCACGACCAAGGUCGGCAGCCGCAAGGUCAUCUACAUUCUGGAGCCGGAUGCCAUUGGUCUUCUUGCCAACAAGGACUGCGCGGCGCAGAACGGGUACGCCGCCAACCUCCAAGUGGCCAUCCACGCGCUUGCCGCCAACAGCAACGCGCAGAUCUACGCCGACGUGGCCGGGUGGGCCAACCAAGGCAAGGCGGUUGCGAUCCUCAAGGGCUUCCAGAAGCUCACGGGUAUCGCGAUCAACACGUCUAACUAUAAGAGCACAGGCGAAAUGAACCAGCUCUGCGAGACGUACUCGAGCCAGACCGGCGGCCUCCACUGCAUCAUCGACACGUCGCGCAACCACAACGGGUCGCCGCAGAACGAGUGGUGCAAUGCCAAGUCAGCCGGUAUUGGCGCACCACCGACAGACAACACGGGCAGCAAGGUGGUCGACUACCUCCUCUGGCUCAAGGUGCCCGGUGAGUCGGACGGCCAGUGCUACGGCCAGUCGUCCGACUCGAGCGUUGGCCCCGGCGCCGGUCAAUUCUUCCCCGACGGCUUCCAGCGUCUUUGGGACCAGAGCUAUUUCGUAGCCCAUGGGCUCCCCAAGAUCGGAGAAGCGCCGUCGCCUUCGACCCAACCGGCGCCAUCGCCGAGCCCGUCGACGGCCAGCCCUACCGCCGCUCCGACAGUGUCCCCGACGGACGCGCCCAAGCCCUCAACGCCGGCCCCCACUGAUGCCCCGACGCCGUCGACCGAUGCCCCGACGCCGUCGACCGAUGCCCCGAAGCCGUCGACCGAUGCCCCGAAGCCGUCGACUGACGCCCCGACACCUUCUACGGCGUACCCGACGCCGCAGCCCUCGUCGUCGACGCACCACCCGACGACCAAGCCCACCAAGAAGCCGACCUUCCGCCCGACGACCAAGCCCACCAAGAAGCCGACCUUCCGCCCGACGACCAAGCCCGGCACCAGCGUCAACGAGUGGGAGCAGUGCGGUGGCAAGAGCUACCACGGCUCCACGGCGUGUAUUGACGGCUGCAAGUGCGAGUUCAUCAACGAGUACUACUCCCAGUGCCGCCCCGUGGCCGCGUCGACCAGUGAAGUGGCGCCGUACGGCCGCUGCGGCGGCAUUAACUACGCCGGCGUCACCACCUGCAGCGGCGGGUACACGUGCAAGGUCAUGAACCCCCACUAUUCGCAGUGCGUCCGUGACACGUCGUCGUCAGCGCACGAUGACGACGACACGGGCUCACAAAGCGACGACGGCAGCUACUAAGCGUCGCACAUCAGUAUCCAUGUCGUGUGUAUAACUCGUGUAUUAAUUGUCC